AUGAAUAUCCCAAAUUCCCCCCUCUUUGCACCGCUGCAAUUAUCAAAUCCUCUUGGUCCUGAUUCACCUAACGGUGCCAAUAAUACUGAUUCUUCAAAUCAAUCUCCAACCCAGAUCUUGCUUCCAAAUUUACCCGAUAAGCCGACAGUUUCAACUUCUUCAUUUGCGGCAUAUAUUAUUCCAUCGGAAAGAAAUCUAUUUGUCCAGGGAUUUGAGCCUCAUGAAUAUAUGGCAAGACCUCCUACUUUAUUAAGAGGUUCAUUAGUCAUUAAAGUGUUUAAGCCAACUAAAAUCAAAUCAAUCAACUUGACUUUUAAAGGUGUUCAAAGAACAGAUUGGCCUGAAGGUAUACCACCAAAAAAAAAUCAGUAUAACGAAAUAAAUGAAAUUGUAACACAUACAUGGCCAUUUUUCCAAGGAAAUUUAAAUGAAAAAGUUAAAAAUCAUGGUGCCGAUUGGUUUAUUGAAAAGAACGGUACCCAUCAUCAUCAGAAUACAAAUGAAGAGGACACUGUAACAAGUAGAUCAGGAACUCCUCCUCCUCCUUCUCAUUCUCAUCCACAACCACAUCAUCAAUCUUCAAAUAGUAGUAUCCCCUCGUUGACACUUUCUCCAACUAGAAAAUCCCACCGUGAAGAAACUACUGCAACUUCAAACUUCUUUAGCAGAACAUUAUCUCCAAGUUUUAUGAGAAGAGCAAAAUCUCCUUCAAUAGCGUCAGUUACAGAUAGUACAAGAAAUGGAUCGUCUCUGGAUUUACCAUCAACUUCUUCAAACGGAAGCACAGAUUCCCAUGCUCAUAUGCAAUUUGCUCCUGGUGAUUAUAUCUAUAAUUUUGAACAUCCAUUACCUGCUUCCAUUCCAGAAAGUUGCGAUGUUACCUUCGGUACUACAGCAUAUUUUUUAGAAGUCAAUAUCACCAGACCAGGAACAUUUAAAAGCAAUAUAUCAGGAAAAUUAAAUUUAAAUAUAGUUCGAACUUUAUCGGAAGCAAGUUUAGAAGAAAAUGAAUCUAUUGUUAUUUCAAGAGAUUGGGAAGAUCAAUUACAUUAUGAUAUUGUUAUUGGUGCAAAAUCAGUUGUGCUAGAUCUGUAUUUACCAUUAGCAUUUAGAUUUGUACCGCUUUUUGGCAAAGUUGCUUUGCAUAGAAUUAGAAUCUAUCUUACUGAAAAUUUAGAAUAUUAUUGUUCAAAUAAAAAAGUUCAUCGAAUGGAACCAUCCAAGAAAUAUUUGUUGUUGGAACAUAAAGCAGAAAAGGGCAGAUCUUUGUUAUCUUCGACAAAUGGAGAUCAAACUGCUGAUUUGAAUAAUUUUGAUGAAGAUAUAUUACCUAAAGAAUUAGAAUUCCAAUUAUUUGUCCCAACUGAAUUGAAUGUGAGAACAAAUAGUAAACUUCAUCCUGAUACUUCCUAUGACAAUAUUCAAGCCCAUCAUUGGAUAAAAAUUUGUUUACGUAUCAGUAGAAUAGAUCCAAAUAACCCAGAAAAGAGAAAACAUUAUGAAAUCAGUAUUGAUUCUCCAUUACACGUGUUGAAUAAUUUGUGUUCCCAUGGUAAUACUUUAUUGCCAGCUUAUGAUGAUUUGAUUCCUCAAUCAGGAAGUUCACGUAGUUUAUUGGCUAAUCAUAGUCAUGAAGCUGCUCCAUUAUCUCCAGGAGUUAUUCCAGUUGAACAUUCUGCCCGUUCUCGUAGUGGGAGUGGUGCUGCAAAUGGUAUCUUUGGAAGAUUCAACAAUAAUACUAAUGGUGGAAGUAAUGGUCUCAACACAAGUAUCAGCAACAGCAGUAGUGGAAGAUCAAGAAGAGGAAGUUCUACACCUGGUGACAAUGGAAUUGAUAGACCUGUGACGCCUAUUGAUUUCCAUCAUAUUACUUCUGGACUUGAAAAUGCUGGUGUUGUUGAAAGAGAAGCAGAUAUGCAUUUAGAAGCUAAUUUGUAUCAACCAAAAGAUGAAGCAAAUAUUAGUGCUAUUAAUUCACCACAGGCGGUACCACAUCCAGGUACAUUUACAAGUCCAUUAAUGCUGCCUGUUCAACGACCAAUUCAUUUAUUAAGAAAACCAUCUACAAAUCCACCUCCAUUUGAAGCUGACAGCGCACCUCCACCAGCAUUACCACCAUCAUAUGAAGAAGCAGAGUCUGAAUUUGCGGAAAAUCUGACUAUUCGUCAUCAUCUUAAUACUGAUAAUAGUAGAUCUUUAAGUUUGUCACCAUUAAGAAUUGAUGAACCUGCGCAGGCGCCACUAACUACUAAUACUAAUGAAACUUCAGAGUCUGAAGGUGUUGGAAGUACUACACUGGUACGGGAUUUGUUAGUCCUACAAUUGGGUGGCAGAAGAAGUUCUAUGGAAUCAGCAUUCAGAGGAUUAAUUCCAACAAAUACUAUUGAUGAAAAUAUCCCAGAAAAUGAACCACAGCCAUCACAACAGCAACAACAAGAAAUACCAAUUCCACAUAUAGAAAUAUCUAACCCAGUAGGAGAAAGUACAACUGAAACUAGUAGUUCUGAUAAUAUUACUACAAGUGACAGUAGUUCACAUAAUCAAUCAAUAUCAACAGGACCAAGUGAACAUGAAGUACAACAACAACCACCUCCACCUCCACCACCACAGCUUCCAAGAUCUGCAGUAGAAGAUGAAGAUGAAGAAGAUAUAGUUGAUUAUCCAUCAUCACCAAUUCUUCCACCAUCACCAAUAGUUCCACCAUCUGGAAUAGCUAAAGUUUCAAGAUCUUCAUCAAUCACAUCUACUGGAUCUAUUGAUUUCCCAGUUGAACAAACAUUACCAUUAUUAGGUUCAGUAGCUUCACAAAAUUCAUUAUUACUCAACACUGCUAAUACAACAACUACUACAAAUUAUAAAGGUAGAAAUGAAUCUGUUGGAUCAUUACUUUAUGAAUUUGCUAAACCUACAGAAUUUGUUGAUGAACUUGAUCCAAGUCCAGAGUUUUAUAAAAUGAUGAGUAGUAGUUUAAGCAAAUUAAGAAAUCCAAGAUUACAUAAACACUAUCAAGAUCAAGAAUUAAAUAAAUGA